AAUUGAACCGAAUCGAAAUGAAGGUCCAGUUACCAGCCUUAUCCCCAACAGUCUCUUGGUGAUGUACUGGGAACAACAAGUACUACCAUAUCAUUCCAUUAAAAACAUUAUUCUUUGAUAAUCAAAUUUCCAAACUCCCCACUAUUCAUAAUGAUUUCAAUUUCAAACUCAAUGGUAGUUGCUUCUUCUCUUUAUUAUUCACCAUCCUCAUUAUUACUACCUCGCACCCUCCUCUUCGAUUCCCACAAACUUUCUUCCUCAAAACAAACCUAUGGAUUUCUUCAUCACCACCAUUACCGUUUCAAUUCUAAAAGGGUUCUUCCUUCUCUUUGCUUUUUCAACUCUAGAGAUGACAAAUCUGACACCAAACUACAGGACAAGGACUCUGGAUUGGAAUGGCCUAUUCUCAGGCGAUGGGAGGUGCCUUGGGGAUGGCAAACAGUUUCAUUAACCUUUUUUGCUUGUGGAUUAGGUUUUGUGUUGACAGGUUUGGUUGAGGCAACAGCUCUACCAUAUCUAGGUAUUCGGCCUGAGGUGCUAAGUUUAGAUGAAAAGGCGGAGUUACUCUUUUUAGAUCAGGGCAUGGCAACUGCUGCUGUACUUGGAAUCAUAUAUAGUGUUUUCAACUCUUACCAGCCACUCCCUGAAGACUUCUUCAAAUAUGAUUUGAGGGAACCUUUUAGUCUUCAAAAGGGAUGGCUUUUAUGGGCUGGAGUUGGACUUGUUGGUGCCCUACUUGCCAUUGGAUUGACAGGGUAUGCUGUGUCCUUCUUUAACGGAGAAACCCCACAAAGAGAGACUGAUGCUCUUGUUCGCUUGCUUCCGUUAAUUGGAUCUUCAAGUGUCAGCACUGCUUGUUUGGUGGGUAUCACUGGUGUUUUUGCUCCACUUCUUGAGGAGACGGUAUUCCGAGGCUUUUUCAUGACUUCCCUGACUAAGUGGGUUCCUACACCAGUUGCUAUCAUCAUUAGUGCUGCUGUCUUUGCCCUUGCUCAUCUCACUCCUGGUGAAUUCCCCCAGUUGUUUGUUCUAGGGAGUGCUCUAGGAAUUUCAUAUGCUCAAACCCGCAACCUUCUUACUCCCAUCACUAUCCAUGCGAUCUGGAAUUCAGGAGUUAUAUUACUUCUCACUGUUCUCCAGGUGCAAGGAUAUGAUAUCAAAGAAUUAUUGCAUUAAUGCAGACAGGAAAGUUUUUCUCUCCUUUGUAAAGAUGUGGAGCAUGUAUCAUGCAGGAUACAGAUCCAUUUUGUUUGUAUAUCUACCAUGCUCCUCUUACUUGUUGUAAAAUGUUAGACAGAUUGCUUUUUGAAACGAUGAAGUAGAUAAUGAUUAUUGAUCAUGGUAUGGUAGUAAAUAUAUACAAUCAAUUAGACUUUUUUGCGGGCUCUGAUAUGACACAGAGCUAAGAAUAUUUUGAUAUGAGAAAAUAUUUAUUACUA